AUGUUAAGCAAGAUAAUCGAAAUUUUUAAACUGCGAAGCAUGGAAAAUGCAAAGACAAACACACACUCAAAUCAACGAACUGGAUUUGUUUAGUGCUCUCAAGUACAUAUGUAUGUAUGUAAAUAAAUAGUGAGUUAGUGAGUUGGGAGUAAUUGAGUUGUAGCGCAAUGCCGCCACCAAAGAAGCCACCAAUCCACGUGCCGAAGAAGGCCAAUCCAAGUCUUGGCUACGAAGUGCUCAUCUACUUGAAUUCCUUCUAUUUUGGAAUGUUCGCCUGUUGCGAAUUGAGUAUGGGUCUGCUGAAGGCCAUUAAUCUAUCGUAUCCGAGUCACGUUCUGGCACGAGAUUCGGGUGUUUUGAUUGGUUUUUGCAUUUUAGAGACCGUUCGCAUCAUACUCGGACGCAGAGGUUCACUAGCCGAAAAAAGUUGGCCAGUUAUUUUAUCGGUUUUCCUAACUGUUCCAUGCUUUCUCGGUGUCUCCUAUAUACUCCUUCUGCAAGAAUAUAAACUACGUCUGGAAUAUGUACUUUGCACAUUAGAGAUCGGUUUAUAUCUGACCGAAAUUUGGUAUGCAAUACUAUUUGUUUUUUCACUAUGUCGUCCAGUAACUUAUGAAUAGGACUAACAAGGUUUAUAAACAUGUAAAUUAAGAAAAAUAAAUAAAAAUCAAUGAAAGUAUGUAUAAUAUACAUUGUAUAUACGUAAAAUAAAAAAUAAAUUUAGAAUCAAAGAAUUCAAUUUGUAUGUAAAAAAAAUGUGCAAAAGAUGCAUACACAACAAUGCAACAAAAUAC